AUUGGUUCAAAUUUUGCAGAUGAACUAACACGAUGGCAAUAUUUACACAAAUAUUGAGCUAAGCAAAGGAAACCAUCUCGAUAUCAUAUUAAACUACGGGCUUGUUGUAGUAGCUCAUUAAAUCUGUCAAGUGUAGACAUGAGUAAUCGACCAGUACCCGGUAUUACUACGUUAUCAGUCAACGGUAAGAGCAACCGGAAGUGGGAACCUACAGUUGUUCAGCAAGGAUUCAUCCCCUGUCAUGAAAAGGUCUCGUCUUCGGUUCAAAUGCCACGAAAACAUGCCUACGAAAAAGAUAAAGGUUUGUUUUUUUUUCAGUUAUGUUCCUCAUUCUAGAAGAAGAGAUUUUAUUUCGUUUUCCUCAAAGAAAGCUGUAGCUGACAUAUCUGCAAAUGUUACGGCUGAUCGAUGUUAGAAUGUGCUUGCAUUAUCUCUUGACAUAAAUUUUUCCGUCAUUGAGGCCUUCCUCAAUUAAACCGUAAUCGAUAGUUCUAAUUGAGUUACCUCGAGAAAAUUGAAGGUUCGACCGGGCAAGAUUUCUGCACGGCCUCAUACUUCCCUAUCUGUCUUCUUAAUGAUAAAAUAUCUUGGAUAAAGGAAACGCUAGUAAAGUCAAUCUAAGAUGACAGCUUACAGAGACUAAGGCUUUUUAUCAAGAAUAAGAUGAGGUUAUACGGAAAUCUUUCCAAGGUUCGUUCUUUCUAAAAUAAAAAUCGAACCUCCAGACAUAAACAGCACAGUCUCCUUCACUUACUCCGCCCUAAUUACGUUUGUGGUCUGUCGCGGCAGGUAACAAUUGGGUUGUAAAAACAUUUCCUAUUUGGGAAAUAUUUUGUCAAAUUUCAGUGACAUUAGUUUGGGUUUUGGGUGUGCGUUAAAAGUUUUGUGUUCUAAGAUUUUUAUUGGACUCUUUUGAUUCUUGAUGAGCGUCAACUUUUCAGCCCUAUGGCUUGAAACUAAUUAGAAAUUUUUUGAAGACUUAAAUAUAACCAUGGUGUGUGUGAUGAAAUUGAAAAUUUUUGGCCUGAUUCUUCUAGUUUUACAAACUGUGAUAACUUGUAGCUACUUCAACAAGGUAUUUUUUUUUCAAACUAAAAUCUGUCAAAAAAAGAAUUCAGAUCAUUUUUGUUUACUUUUGUAUGUGGUUACCAGCAGGAUUGAAGUCAGAUCAUGGGAGUUGAAGGUUUUUUAAACCCUUUAAUUUCCAUGAUCUACAGAGUACUUCUCCCUUCUAAUGCCCCCUACAUUUCCUUAUAAACUAGAAGAGAAUAUGGUCUUAUAUCAGGAUAACACUAGCUUACCAACAGGCUUAUUGUGACUGUUUUUAUAACUUGCUAUAAAAGAUCAUAUUGGAAUUGUAGGGAGAAUUUACCUGCAGGUAAGUUUUGGGAGUGAAAAUGUUAAAAUUGUUUGGAUCACCAUAGCAUUUCUUUAGUAUAAGCAAUUUUUUUCUCAGUUUCAUGAAUUGCACUUGAAUGAUUAAAACUGUUUAUUUUUACUUGUGUUUCAGAUACUGUGCCAUUUACAUCAUCCACACAGUUUCGGGUCCUCAUCUUUGUCAUCUUAACACUCCAAGCUACUUGCUAUUUCUCUUUGCUUCGCUACUCCAGGACAAGAUCAAACAAAAUGUACUUUACUUCUACAGCAGUCUUUCUCGCAGAAGUUGUGAAACUUUUCACAACGUUAGUGGUGAUCUUUUUUCAGUGUGGAAAUGUAAAAGCAUUUACUUCAUAUCUCAUUGAAAACUUGUUUGUGGAUCACAAGGCUACAUUUCGUCUGUCUGUGCCAUCUUUAUUGUAUGUUGUACAAAACAAUCUUGUUUAUAUUGCAAUGACACAUUUGGAAUCAACAACAUUUCAGGUAAUGUGGACAAUUCUUUUUUGCUAUUUUAAAAGUCUGUUUUUAAACUUUGCAGAUAUAUUGCCAAAUUGGCAGCUUUAACCCUUUCACUCCCACCAGUGACCAAUACAGAAUUUCUCCUUACAAUAUUAAUACAAUAUCAAGCAGGCAGGUGAUGAGAAUAGAGAAGAAUAUCAAUCAUGAGAUUAUUAGUUGAUCCAAUACCAAAUUCUCUGAACUAACAUCAUAAGAAUUGUAUGGCAGAUAGUAAGGAGAAUUACUAAUUAGAUCUUGGGAGUGAAAGGGUUAAAUGGUAUGGUAGAAGGCAAUUGACAUUUUUGAACUCUUCAACUCCCAGGAAUUAUCAACAUGUUACUAGACAGAAAAAAACAUCCUUCUCUAUUUCUUUACCAAGCUCAAAACUAACCAUCUCUCUUAUUUCUAUUUCUACAUUACGCUUUUGACUUUGUUGAUCCUAGCAGUAUGCAGAAGGUAUGUCAUAUGAACUUCAUGAUGGACCUCGCUCACCAUGGAGUCUCUGUGGCUCAGUGGUAGAGCAUUGGAGUGUGGAAUCCAAAGGUCUGAGGUUCAAUUCCUCAUGGUGACUCACAAUUUUGUCUUUCUCCCAUGCUCAUGAAAAGACAAAAAAAAAACAUCCUUCUCUAUGUUACUAGUCUCCCUAUAAUAUCAAAUUAAUGCAUUAUCCAGCAGACAAGUAUGAGAAUACUCAAACUUAUCCAGUAGAAGUUGUUAUCAUGAUCUAACACCAAAUUCUACCAGCUAAGUAAAAGGAAAUGUGUAGCAGCCAGAGGAGAGAAUUAACAAUGAGAUCUGGAGAGUUAACCCUUUCACUCCUAAGAUCUUGUUGACAAUUCUCCUUACUGUCUGCCAUACAACUCUUAUGAUGUUAGUUUUGAGAAUGUAGUCACGGUAUUGGAUCAACUAAUAAUCCCCUAAUUAAUAUUUUUCUUUAUUCUCAUUACUUAUCUGCUUGAUAUUUUAUUGAUACUGUAAGGAGAAAUUCUGUCUUGGUCACCCAUGGGAGUUAGAUGGUUAAAGGGUUAACCCUUUCAAAGGCGUGAUUUCAGCUCAAACUAUACUUCAACCUCUUGGUUCAAUUACAAUUAUUUAUGGAAUCUGAUCUGUGUUUUCUUCAUUCUUUCUUUCAGAUUACUAAUCAGCUAAAAAUCCUUACCACAGCUGUAUUCUCCAUUCUCCUACUCAACAAACAACUUACAAAAAUAAAAUGGAUUUCACUUGUCCUCUUAGCUAUUGGAGUAACAAUGGUUCAGAUUGACACCCACACAUCAGUGGAAACUGAAAUGUCCACAAGUAGUUCUGUAAAGAGCCAACAAUCAGCUUUUCUUGGAUUUACUUCUGUUCUUGCAGCUUCUAUGGUUUCUGGAUUUGCCGGUGUUUACAUGGAGAAAAUCUUCAAAACUGGAAAAAGAAAGCUGUUUUGGAUCUCAAACGCACAACUGUACACUUUUGGAAUCUUUCUAAGCUUUUUAGGAGUGGCAUACCAAGAUGGAGUAGAAAUAGCUAGAAUGGGCUUCUUUCAUGGGUACGACAUCAUUGUUUGUCUGGUGAUCUUGUUUGCAUCAGCUGGCGGAAUUAUUGUUUCUCUGAUUUUGAAAUAUGCAUCGUGUAUAACAAAAGGAUUUGCCACUUCUUGUGCCAUAGUUCUUUCAAGUUUAGUCUCUGUAUAUGUGUUUUAUUUUAUUCCAGGUGUGUUGUUUAUCUUGGGGGCUGUGUCUGUUAUUGUUUCUGUAUUGUUGUAUAGCUGUUAG